CAAGUCUAUCAGAUUGGUUUCUUUAUCGCAGCACACGUUCGUUCAAGCAUGAGCAGAUAAGAGCACUAGUUUAUCGUGUUCGUUGUGCACUAUCUUGACCUCUUUAUUUAAUUUUCUUAAUAACGUAGUCUGCUCCGCUUGCUUUAAAGUGAGACGACGCGUGUGCGUGCACUGUGUGCCGUUUUAAAAUGUACUUGUUAAUAAUAGGCACUAUCGCGUUUCUAGUGUUCACUAUUAAAAUAUAUCAGAAAUUAACGUGUGCACUUUGUCGGUCGAGCGCUCACAUGGUCGGCAAGGUAGUGAUUGUGACAGGUGGGAACAGCGGUAUAGGAUUAGAGACGGCGAAAAACUUGGCAGAGAGAGGAGCGCGAGUGAUCCUCGCAUGUCGCAGCGCUCGCCGUGCGGCGGAUGCCAAGGAGGAAAUCAUCAAAUUCUCCGGGAAUUCCGACGUGCACUACGUACCAUUAGAUUUGUCAUCCUUCCGCUCGAUAAAGGAAUUCAGUGAGCACAUACAGAAGACGGAGAAACGUGUCGACGUCCUGAUUAACAAUGCGGGCGCCGGGGGACUCGGCAACUACAAGACCGAAGACGGUCUCCACGUCGGCAUGCAAGUCAAUUACUUUGGGCCUUUUCUCCUGACCUGCCUGUUACUACCGAAGCUGAAAGCUUCAGCACCGAGUAGAAUCAUAAACCUAUCCUCCAUUAUUCACAAGUACGGCUUAAUGGAUUUCGAUAACCUUAACAUGGAAAAAUACUGGAGUGAUUACCUAGUGUAUGCGAAUAGUAAAUUGUACAUUAAUUUGAUGACGCUGGAGUUGAGUGAGAGAUUGCGAGGCACCGAAGUGACCGUGAACGCCGUGCAUCCGGGUAUCGCGGCGACAAAUAUAUUUCGGAAUAUACCGAUUGCGAUAGUGCGUACUUUGGUCGAGAAGGGAAUAGGGUUUAUGUUCCAGAGUCCGGUGGAAGCGUCGCAAACCGUCAUCCACCUGGCGGUGUCGCCCGAGGUGAGCGGGGUCAGCGGCCGCUAUUUCAGUAACUGCCAACUCAAACGACCGUCUAAGAUUUCACAGGAUCUAGAUAUUGCGAAGAAACUUUGGACACAUUCCGCAAGAUUAGUCCAAUAUUCUGAGACAGACUGAUUCAAUUAAUUUUGCGAGUUAUAGUUAUUAAUACAUGAACUAUGUUGUUCAAAGAGUACAGCUAUUAAGACUAUAAUUAUCAUGACAAUAAAUAGAAAAUCAAUAGGAAUAAAGUGAAACUGAAUACACGAAUAUCGUUUUCGUAUAAUUUAUUAUUUAGUAUGCAAUAAAUACACAUUGACGUAAUAUAUUUCCCGUGCGCCCUUGGAAUUUAGUUGUGAUAAGUAUAAUUACAUUUAAUAUAAUGAUAUUUUAUUAGUUAUUACUAGCGACCUUCGCACGGGUUACAAAAAAUAUCUCAUCGUUAAAGAGUUCGCAAAAUUUUGUUGUAUGGAAAGUUUCAUAGUAAACCGCAGACGUUGACCAAUCUGUCAAGUGCGGAUGGUGCAACUGGCACUUAGUCUUAUUAUGUAAGAACUGCCAGUUAGGUAUGUAUUUAAGGUCAGAUUAAGUACAAGGUCAUGGUUCCCACUACACUAGGUACCUAGACAUGAUGCCUACGUAAAUGAUA